ACUUGAUAUUUGUUGUCCUUGUUCUCUCUCCUCCUCCACAGAGACCCAUGUCCCUGAGGAAACCGUCAACCCCGCUCCCCAUUUUCUCUCUCUGAUCUCCUCUCACCCUCUUCCUGCCCAAAUACCAAACGUGGACGUCUCUCUCUCUCUCUGUUUCUCCCCUUCGAUUCAGCUCUCCAGCUCUCUCUCUCUCUCUCUCUAGCUGUGUUACCUCCAGAAUUCUCUCCCUCAAAAAAAUUCCGACUGAAUAUCCCCUUUUUUACUAUAAUUUUGCGUUCUUUUCCUUGCCUAUUGUUUUAUGCUUCCCACUAAUUCAGUUUUCACCUCUUUCUCUCUCUACCUUUUAUUCUGCCCUUUGUUUUCAUCCCUUAUUUCCUCUCUCCAAAAACCUCAAUAAAUCCUGCACCUCCUGUCCCAAAAUUUCUCUCUAAGGUCUUCCAAAUUGUUGUCGAUUUGUAUAAAAUUCAUUUCUUAUCUUUAUUUUGAUUAGUUUUUCGCAAUUCGUUUUGUGAAAGAUAGCUGUGGAAUUCCGAAUUUCUGUGUAAACUUCUUCUUUUUCUAGAUUUCUAUUGGUUUUUUGGCGACUGAGUUUGUGCUGAAAAAUCCAUGUCACCGGUUCCGAUUGAGCCAACAUUGCCCGAAUCAUCGUCGGUGGACUCUUCGCCUUCUCGUUCUGAUGGCCAGGACCGCAGUCGUUUCGCGGAUCUAAGAGGGGUUCAGUGGCGUAUAGAUUUGGGGAUUUUACCCUCUUCUUCUUUUUCUUCUUCCAUUGAUGAUCUUCGUCGGGUCACCGCCGAUUCUCGCAGAAAGUAUGCUGCUUUAAGGAGGCAGCUCCUAGUUGAUCCGCAUGUUCCCAAGGAUGGAAGUAGUUCUCCUGAUCUGGUCAUGGACAAUCCACUUUCGCAAAACCCAGAUAGCAUGUGGGGUCGCUUCUUUCGGAAUGCUGAAUUGGAAAGGAUGGUUGAUCAAGAUUUGUCACGUCUAUAUCCUGAACGUGGAAGCUACUUCCAGACACCAGGUUGUCAAAGCAUGUUAAGACGAAUUUUGUUAUUGUGGUGCCUAAGACAUCCAGAAUAUGGUUACAGACAAGGAAUGCAUGAACUCUUGGCACCACUUUUGUAUGUUCUCCAUGUUGAUGUGGAGCAUCUUUCUGAAGUGCGAAAACUGUAUGAAGACUACUUUACUGACAAUUUUGAUGGCUUCUCAUUUCACGAAAGUGAUUUGACAUAUAAAUUUGACUUUAAGAAAUUUUCUGGCUCCAUGGAAGAUGAGAUUGGCCAACUGAAUAAUCUCCCGAAGGUCAGCAAUAUAUAUGAACUGGAUCCUAAGGUACAAACCAUCGUUUUGCUAAGUGAUGCCUAUGGGGCAGAAGGUGAACUGGGUAUUGUUUUAUCAGAGAAAUUCAUGGAGCAUGAUGCUUAUUGUAUGUUUGAUGCUUUGAUGAAUGGGGUUAGUGGUGCAGUGGCAAUGGCAGAAUUUUUCUCCCCUUCUUUUGGUAACUUACACACUGGGUUCCCUCCAGUGAUUGAAGCUUCUUCUGCAUUUUACCAUUUACUUUCUAUAGUUGAUAUGUCUCUCCAUAGCCACCUUGUCGACCUAGGCGUUGAGCCACAGUACUUUGCGCUUCGCUGGUUACGGGUACUCUUUGGGCGUGAAUUUGCACUUGAAGACCUUUUAAUAGUCUGGGAUGAAAUAUUUGCAUCUGACAAUAGCAAAUUAAACAGAUGUAAUGAAGAUGAUGCUGAGUCUAGUUUUGGGGUCCUUAAUUCAUCUAGGGGAGCAUUCAUCUCAGCUUUUGCAGUUUCAAUGAUACUUUAUUUAAGACCUUCCUUGCUUGCCACGGAGAAUGCAACUUCCUGUCUUCAGAGAUUGCUGAAUUUUCCGGAGGAAAUAAAUCUGAAGAAACUUAUAGCUAAGGCGAAGUCUUUGCAGGCUCUUGCAAUGGAAGCUAACAACUCAACACCACAGCUGACAAAUGGUGGGGCCUAUGAGAGGACUAAAUUGAUGGUUGUGAGAGGUCACAGCCUCUCAGCAGAUUCUAUUUCUCCGGGAACUCCUUUGAGUUUGGUACCUGAUAGCUACUGGGAAGAGAAGUGGAGAGUUUUGCACAAGGAAAAAGAAUGUAAACAAGAUAAUUCAGAAAAACAAAUUCCAAACCGCAUCAAGGGUUGGUCAGAAAAAGUUAGAUUGCGUCUGUCUAGGACUGAAUCUGACCCAUCCUCAUCAAAGGUUGAUGCCAGAAAAAGAGACUCAAAUCCAUCUGUUAGGAGGAGUUUGCUGGAAGAUUUAGCCCGGCAGCUUGGACUGGAUGAAACUACAGAAAUAAUAGUGUCUAACGAGGAUUUAGGAAAGGAGGAUCCCGUCGAGGUGGGUAGGGAAGGUGGUAUUGAUAAUAAUGCUUGUACAGCAGAUGAGAGAUGUUUAAGUGGAAAUGCUGGAAGUGAAGGGAACUCUUCUUUUUUCUCGGAUCCACCAACCCCCAAUGGUGGAUCAGACAACCAUGAAAAUGAAUUAGAUAGAAGUAGUGUUGCGUCAAACUCAUCCGCAGACGAAAAUGAUGUUGAACCCAAUAAUGCUGACUCAUGUAGUACUAACCCAGAAGAAUCACCUCUUCCUAUCUCAGAUCCUCCUGAGGAUAUCUCUUUGAAGUGUGGACAUGAUUAUGAUUCUGUGGGACAAUCAGCAACGGAUCUGAAGGAACCAAAGCUGCCAUCAGGUAAAUUCCAGUGGUUAUGGAAGUUCGGACAGAAUGCUGGUGAGGGUACCUCUAAGAAAGGAGGUGCAUCUGAGGCUACAAAAGCUUCCAAUGGAGGGAACAGUAAAACUAAUGAGGCUGGCCUUUCUACAGUGGAAGGGUUUGAUGGUUCGUCUGUGAUUGGCAAAGGAGAGACAGUUGACCAGAACGUGAUGGUCACUUUGAGGAAUCUGGGGCAAUCCAUGCUUGAGAAUAUCCAGGUCAUUGAGUCGGUUUUCCAGCAAGAUCGGGGUCAAGUUGGAUCCUUAGAAAACUUCUCUAAAAAUGUUCUUGUCGGGAGAGGACAAGUUACGGCUGUGGCAGCUCUGAAGGAGCUUCGGAAAAUCAGCAACCUCUUAUCUGAGAUGUGAGGUGGGGAUUAGUUUAUAUCAACCCUGUAUAUAUAUUUCGAAAUUACACUUUUCGAGUGUGUCCAAAAUAAAUAUUCUUUUGGCAUCCCAUAUCUUCGACAUCUUUGAUAACUUCGAAUUUUGGUGUGUACUGGAAACCGAUUGGUAAAUAAUUAUCUCAUAUUGUGAUAUUGUCACCAAAAUUAGUGAAGCAGCUUUUAGCAGAUCAAUAGCAUGUGCUGAUUCAUUAGUGCAUAUGGUAGUCUUUGUAUGUCUGAGAAUAUGGGAUGAAGUUGUUCUAUAGAAAUCCGAGGAUUUGGUUCUCUUUUUAUCUUUUAAAGCUUGGUUCCCUGUAUCUACAAAACUAUAGUGGGAACACCCUUUACUUACUUCUGUA